CUGGAUUUCGACAACUUGUUUUUACACGGUGUUCAACGAAUAGUAUGAUAUAGUAGCUUACUAAGUGAAAUUUAUUUUGUUUUUAAAAUAAUUAUUACAUUUAUCUAUUGAUAGGGAAUGGAUUGCACGAUAUUUCUCUCAGCAUUGUUAUUUCUCAGUACAGUAAAUAUUUCGAGAGGAGUGUGUGACGCUGAUUGGUUUGGCUCCAGCUGUCAGUUCAAAUGUCACUGUGUCAACAACCAAUGUGAUGUUAAAGGAAAGUGUACAGGAGGGUCUACAUGUGACAGAGGAUGGUUUGGUCCUCUAUGUCAAUAUCAGGACCUGACAACAGUGCAGACAGGAACGACAACAUCAAACACCAUAUUAACAGAUGGCAAUGACGCGACGUGUGCAAGUGUGCAAACAUUUAACGUGUCGUGGGAUAUUUCUUAUGAAGUUACGUGGCUGAGGGUUGUCCUGAAUGGAGCUGACUCGCCUCAAAAUAUCCAAGUUAAUUUAAAAAGCAGCAGUGGAUCUAUCGUUGCCUGCGCUGGUCAGACACCCAUUAGAGUAUAUGCUCAAGUCACUGAUAUCUUCUGUUCUAACAAUAUUACGUCCUCACAAGUUCUCGUCGACUUUAAAGCAAAUAAAAAUGUUUGCUCUGUUUAUAUAAGUGGAGGUCGCAAUCUGGCUCUAAAACAACCCACCUGGCAGUCAAGUAACUACUCUGAUUAUAAAGGAACAUUUUAUUCAACAAAAGCUGUAGAUGGGAAUACAAACACUGACUUUUAUAAUGGAAACUCGUGCAGUCACACUGAAUCAAACUCAGCUGGUUCUUGGAUGGUCAAUUUUACACAGCCACGACUCAUCAACAGAUAUGUGAUUUAUAAUAGAGAUAGUAACCAAGAACGGCUCAAAGGGUUCAACUUGACAAGCUAUAGUUCAGCUAAUAGACAGAUAUUCACUUUUAAGGAUACAAGUUCUAAGAACGACGUCCUCGUUUACAAUGUUACCACAGCUACAUCAUCAACACCCGUUUCUUAUGUUAUUAUAAGUGUUGGAGGCAUUCUAACACUGUGUGAGGUGGAGACAUAUGGCGAAUAUUACUGUACAAGUAAGACAUUUGGACUUGAAUGUGCCAAUACCUGCAACUGUAACAACCCAACUGAGACUUGUUUUGUAGCUACAGGUGGAUGUCGGUCUGGUUGUCCUACAGGUUAUGAAGGUGACGGAUGUGCAGAAGCAUGUGAUGCCACAUAUUACGGCUUAAACUGUACACAGAAAUGUAGCUCUAACUGCAGAGAACAGCUCUGUAAUAACGUCAAUGGUAACUGUUACAACUGUUAUAAUGGGAAACAAGGGGCGCUGUGUGAUCAAGACUGUACCGCUACAUAUUACGGCCAGAACUGUGCACAAAGAUGUAGCACCAACUGUACAAGCCAACUGUGUAACAACGUUGAUGGUACCUGUAACAGCUGUAUUCCUGGGAGAAAGGGGAGGUUUUGUGACCAGGACUGUGAAGCGACAUAUUACGGCCAGAACUGUGCACAAAGAUGUAGCACCAACUGUACAAGCCAACUGUGUAACAACGUUGAUGGUACCUGUAACAGCUGUAUUCCUGGGAAAAAGGGAAGGUUUUGUGACCAGGACUGUGAAGCAACAUAUCACGGUCAGAACUGUGCACAAAGAUGUAGCACCAAUUGUACAAACCAACUGUGUAACAACGUUGAUGGUACCUGUAACAGCUGUAUUCCUGGGAAAAAGGGAAGGUUUUGUGACCAGGACUGUGCAGCGACAUAUCACGGUCAGAACUGUGCACACAGAUGCAGCACCAACUGUACAAGCCAACUGUGUAACAACGUUGAUGGUACCUGCAACAGCUGUAUUCCUGGGAAAAGAGGGCGUUUCUGUGACCAAGACUGUGCCGCCACAUAUUAUGGACAGAACUGUACACAAAGAUGCAGCACCAAUUGUACAAAGCAACUGUGUAACAACGUUGAUGGUACAUGUAACAGCUGUGUUCCUGGGAAACAGGGGGACUUUUGUGAUGAGGACUGUGAUAUACACCAUUAUGGUGAGAACUGUCGCUACAACUGCUCAACCAACUGUACCGACUCAACAUGUAACAGAACAACUGGGGAAUGUUUUAGUUGUAUCAGGGGUUUUCAAGGGGCCUUCUGUGACAGAGGCUAG